AUGGCUACUACCACAAUUGAAACCACAGCCCCCGUCUCGGCGUUUACAACGGUCCAGCUGAUGACACCAGACGGACCUGUUUCCCGCCGUGUACGCCGUGGGGCACCCCGUACUCCGACCCUAGAUGAGAUGCCUGUCAUCGACCUCAGCUCGCUCGACGGAGACGCGACUGCUCGCAAGGCCAUCGCUACCAAGAUCAAAGCAGCGGCUGAGAACACGGGCUUUUUUUACGUCAGCAACCACGGGAUUCCGCAAGAAUUGAUUGAGCAAGCUCUUGAACAGAUCAAGGCUUUCUUCAACCAGGAACAGGAAUACAAAGAUCGGGUCUCGUUUGACAAGGCGGGCAAAUUCUGUGGUUAUCACGGUGUUGGCAGCACGCAGAUCAAUAAUCAGGAAACCAGAGACAAGAAGGAGACUUUCUCUAUGCGGUAUGAUACUCGCAUCGACGAGACUCAUGAUUGUGUUGACGACAUCAACUCCAACUUCACCUCGACAGAUUAUGUCUGGGACAGAACGAGCCAUCUCACAAACUUCCGCCCCGUUCUCACGGAAUUCUAUCAAAAGCGACUGAUGCUAGCACGCAAGCUCAUCCGCUUAUUCGCCCUUGCUCUGGACCUACCAGAGGACUACUUCGACUCCAUUAUCACCACUCCUGGCGCCGACGCAGUGCACAUUCAUUACCCCGGCACUGACGGCAACGCCGAGGACGUCGAUGUCGGGAUUGGCUCACAUACCGAUAUUCAGUGCGUGACUCUGCUCUGGCAGGACAUGUCUGGGGGUCUGCAGGUACUCUCGGCAGAUGAUGAGUGGCUCGACGCACGGCCGAUUGAGGGCACCCUUGUCAUCAACAUUGGCGACUUUUUGCAGAGACUCUCAAACAAUCGGUUCAAGUCGACUGUUCAUCGGGUGUAUAAUAGGCAGAAGACAUCUCGUUACGCCAUGCCGUUCUUCUUGGGGUUUAACCCGGACGCGGUUUGCGAAGUUCUGCCGACCUGUAUUGAUGAGGAGCACCCUCCUCUCUACGAGCCGAUUUCAUGUGGCAAGUGGCGUGAUUCUCGUCUGAAGUUGGCAGAAACCCCGGAUAUAAAGGCAGUAUAA